AUGGAUAAAGGUAGAGGCUUAUCAUUCAAUCAACAUGAAAAUAAGUUAUUAUGUCAUGUUUAUCUAGAAAUAUCACAAGACCCAAUUUCUAGCAAUAACCAGUCUUUGGAGAAAUUAUGGACCGAAUAA